AUGUCGCUUUUCUUCAGCCCACCAUCCUCGCCCUCAGCGCCAACUCCCCUCGCAUCACUCAGCAUCCCAUACAAUCUCCGAAAGCGCAAGGCCGAUAUCGAACCUACAGUCGAAUCCCCUCUCACAAAACGUUUUCGAAAACUAAAUAUCCGAAACACCCCUUCCAAAAUCACAAAACGGACGGGAUCACCUGCCAGGAACCCUCUUUCAGGCUCAAGUAACGGCGCCACCACCACCCAGGAACCAUGGAAUCUUACCCCUCCACCAUUCCAGCGGCCUUCUUCCCCUCCGCCGGCCGUCAUGGAGGUCGACGAAACACCUCACAGGAUAUUUGUGAAUGAUCUUGAUUCCUCGUCUGAUGAUUCAGACCUUGAUUCUCCCGCGAAGAAUGAAAAGAACAAUCCCAUAAUAUUCCUUUCGGACGUCGAACGUGAGAUGACUAGGAUACCGCUAGCUGUUUUGAAAGCUUCUUCUUCGGCGACCGUUUCCGACCCCCGUGUUACAAAAUUAACAACUGCAAGAGCUGGUUCUGGCAGUUCUACGGAUUUGAUUCUUUAUAGACCACCGGAGCGGAUCGUGGAUGAUACCGGGGUUAAGAGGAUGGUCAUGGAAGCCAAAGAACGGAUCAGGAUGCGUAAUAUUAAUAAUGGUAGCGGUGCCAUGGAUUGUAUCAGAAGCGAGCCGACGCCGCCAGCUGAUAUCAUGAUGGGCCAGAGUAUGGGUCAACUCGAAGGGGGAUUCACUGGCAGUCCGAUGACAUACCUUCCGACGGUGCCAAAUAACGAUCCGGAUGCUAUGGUUCUAGAUGAUCUCUAA